AUGGCCUUCAGAUUCGUCAUGCUUUGCCUCGCCGCGGUUGUUGUUGCGUCCCCGGUGUUUACCCCGAGGGCUAUGAACGGCACCGCAUUUGACCCAGAGCGCGGCCUACUCAAUGGCGAGGUUCUUCUUGUCGAUGGAGAUCACAUGGAGGUUGUCAACCAGGAAGCCUAUUUUGCCAUGCUGGCAUCUGAGAAAAUUCUUGCUUCAGUCCCUGAAGUUGAUCACUCACUUCUGAGUUUCAAGACUCCUUCAGAGGAGGAAGUCAACAAUCUAGACUCUCGUCAGAUCGAUUGCGACGACAUUCACGCUAUUACCAUCACCAAAACCGAGCAGUUCUACGAUUGGGACCUCCAAAUGAGCCCUGUAGUGAUUGCCCAAGCUAAAGAAGUCACUAUCAGUCUCACAGAGACCUACACAGUUACAGACACUAUUACUAUUAACGGUGGUUUCAACCCUACUAUUAUCCAAAGUUACCUUACUUCCACACUAGGCGUCGCUGUCUCCAGGUCUUGGGCUACCGCCUCAGCCAUUAUGGUCAGGGGAACUAUUAGUGCUGGCCAUACUGGCUGCAUGGUGAAUAACCCCUUCAAGACUAGAAGAUAUGGCAAGAUCAUGCGUGGUUGUCUCGGCAGACAAACACAGGUUGGAGCUUUUAUGAGCGAUGUCUAUGAGGAAGGUAGCUAUAAUGGAGUCAAAUGGGUCAAGGGAGCCAUCACCAACUGCGAGAAGGAGGGUGUUCACCGGCCACUCACUCGCUGCCAAGGAAGCGGCGAGUUCGUCUAA